AUGAACGCCAUCAGAGUAGAUGCUUCCGUGCUGGGACGGUUUACAACCUCUCCAAUUAAACUUAUAGGUAAAGUUGUACAUCAUGAUUCCCGAACAGCGCAAGUAGAGUCGAAUGGAAAGGUGACUGUUAACCUAGCAAGUGAGAGAGACGAGGAUCUUCAAAAUGGCUACUUUUACGAGUUUGUCGGCAAGGUCAAAGACGAUGGCAGUGUGCAAGAGUUCAGCAGAACUUCCAUGGGUAACGCACUUGAUGAGCGGGCCUUGAAAGUACUGGUGCAACAAGUCCAUGCUCACAGUGAGCUGUUUUAUUGA